AUGUCCUCAAACUCUUUAAUCUCCCAUGAACCUACCGGGAUUGACCCGAGCGCCAUAAAGGACAGCCUCGAGAUAUACGGUGCGAUUCGCACGCCGGCCCGCCCUAUCCGCCGCCCUGCGGCUUUGAGUCCUGCGACUGAAGAUAUGCCCAUUUCGGACGUUAAUACACCGCAGAGGUCAACACUGGCCCGAAACAACCCAUAUAGUGACCACUUCCCUCAUCCCGGGGACAGCACCGACCCGGCCCUGAAUAAUGCCACCACGUCCGGCACCGGCGUUACAACCACAAUUACUGGCGGUACUACCGCUACCAACGCUGCGGCCCCCGGCCUUUUCGACGCUUUCAAGCAAGGAAUGAAGGAUCUAAUCCAAUUGCCCAUCGACGCCAUAAAGCUUCAAACUCACCAUUGGAGAUUGAAAAAAGACGCCGGUGCUAUCCAAAAGGCAAGAAUUGCCGAAAAUAAACGUCAGCGUGAGUCCACGGAGAAAAUUGCCCAAAAGAAUGUCUCGAACGGGCCGGGCAAUAAACUUGGGGAAGCCUCCACUUCUGCAACUACUGCUACCGCCACCACCACCACCACCAAUACUCCCGCUGCGAGCGCCAUCAAGAAAGAUACUACCAUGGCCAGCAACAACACCAAAGUCAGCGGCCGCCUCGACGCCGAUCUCAGAGACAAAGUCAAAGCCGCAAUGGCCGCAAAGAGGAAGAAGAACAACAACAACAACAACAACAACAAGACGAAGAAGAAGAAUGUGUCCUUCGCGGACGAGAAGGACACCGGCGCCAAACAAGAAGAACCUAAGCGCCCCCGUACCGGCUAG